CAUUCCCCAACUCUCUGUGAAUGGUACUUCUGGCCACUGAUCAAUGGUUGUUGAUCAUUCGUCAUGAGAAUUUGCAUAUUAAUGAUCAAGGAACUGACCUCACAGCCCAUUGUUCAUUCAGUGGGCUGGUUUCAGUCACUGUAGAAAUCUACUGUUUAUAAGUUUGGGGAAACCUGAAGUCAGCUGAGACUGAAGAAGUCACUUGGAUGAGUGACGAAACGUUUCUCCCACUGAAAACUCUACGUCCAGAUGAACAGAAUCAACCUUUUGGGGAAAAUGUGAAAUGUUUGAGGAGAAAAUUAUAUAAACUGUGUAUUUAAACAAUCAUGUACUAUUGGAUUGUAAGUUUAUUCAGUUUUUUAUUCAUUUAUUUUUUAUUUUCUCUCUUUUCCACGUGAUGUUACUCAUUUGUUCAAAGGGGUCACUUCCUUGAUGUUUGACUAAACUAAUGGUUUUGUGAUUACCCAGACCUGAUGUGUGCUCACACAAACACACAGUUUUCACUUUGAUCUUUAGUUUGGACAAAAAUGUCUAAAACUGGCCCGUGAAUAUAUAAACACACACACACAGACACACAGAGCGACAGCUAUGAAGAGUUUAGCUUACUAAUUUGAGUGACAGAAAACCCCAGUUAGGACCCUGCUGGGCAGAGAGAUAGGAGCUCAUCAGACUUAUCUCCCCCUCCCACAUCACCCACUGCAGACCCCUAGUUUCAACAUAAAUACAAAAACUUAAAACACCGCUUAUAUAUUUAUGGAGUUUAAUCUAAGUGAGCCGUCACUUAGCAUCGGGUAAACUGCACUUAACCUUCAUGAAUCCAUAAGAGCUGUGUCAGUGGUUAACACCAAACUGGUGUAAUGAGGAGUUUAAUAUGCACAAAACUAACUGUUACAAAGUGACACCAUGUUUUUUAAGAGGAAAUUCAGCAGGUUUAUGGGGCCAAAUAUAGCUGUUAUCAGCUCCCACAGCUGAGUGGGCAGUCCACUGUGAGUAGUGAACGUAUCAUCUGCAGAUGCGAGUAGUAACUGAACAUGCCAGACGAUGACAGCUAAAACCACAAAACUGCUAGAGAACCAUUGAGAAAAGGAGUUUCUUUCCCAGGGUGACCUCAGCUCACCCACUCACAAUUCUGGUUAUCAAAUGCGCUCAGCUUAAUAAUGGUGCACAAGAAGGAAGUACAUAAAUAAAAAUAAAAAAAUAGAAAAAACGAAGAUGAGGACGAAGAGGUUUUGUAUCGGGUGAAGUCCACGGGGAGACUGGAAGGAUGGAUGAAGGAACCAAAAGCGUGAUUGUGUUCUUUCUGCUCUUCGUUUUUUCAGGUAAGCCAGCAGAGGGUCAGAGUCUGUUGGAUGUGUGCUCAACCUGCCAUGCUAAUGCCACGUGUGACGACAAGUCAGAUGGCUCGGGCAAAGUUUGUAACUGCAAGUACGGCUUUGUUGGAAAUGGAAGAACCUUCUGUCAAGACAAAGAUGAGUGUCAGAUAGGAUCCAGUAAGAUCUGUGGCCAGCACACCACUUGUCACAACACUUUUGGCAGCUACUACUGUACUUGUCUGGCCGGCUACAGCCCUUCUAACAACAUGGCUGUUUUCAUCCCAAAUGAUGGCACCCACUGCCAGGACAUUGAUGAGUGCGGGAUCACAGGGCAGUGUGGAGAGGGAGCUCAAUGCAGGAAUCUUGAGGGCAGCUUUGACUGCAGCUGCCAGGUUGGAUACAAAAUCCACAAUGGAGUAGAACCCUUUAACCCACUGAGAGACAAAGCUUCCUGCAAAGUUGUUAACUGUGGCCCACCUGCACUACUGGAGGACACGGUGCUAGUGUCAGUCACAGGAACUACGUACAGCAGCGUGGCCACAUUCAUCUGCGAUGAAGGCUUUGUGUGGAGGAGGGGAGACAACAGCUCUGUGUGUGGUGCUGAGGGGCUGUGGAGCAAACCUGACAUGGUCUGUGAAGAGGUUGACUGUGGUUCUCCACCUGCCGUCCCUCACUCACGCUUGCUGUGGAAUAAAAGCACAAGGAUGGGCACUGAAGUGGUUUAUCAGUGUAACUCUGGAUAUCAUAAUGUUGGAAAAGGAAAUGUCUCCAUCUGCACUGCAGCUGGACAGUGGGCGGGUCCAUCUGUGCUCUGCCGAGAGAUCUUGUGUGGAAAUCCUCCUGUAAUUGAAUUCACUGGGCAGGUGUGGAGUUAUAACUCCACCCCUGGCAGCACUGUGCUCUAUUUCUGUAAAGACGGCUUUUAUAACAAAGGAGGAAAUAAUGUAUCCACCUGUCAGGAAAAUGGUCAUUGGACAUCCCCAACUUUGUCAUGCCAAGAGAUAUUAUGUGGGAAUCCUCCAAAUCUGCCUCACACUGGACAAGUGUGGAAAGGUAGCUCCACCCCAGGAAGCACUGUAAUUUACUACUGUAAAAAAGAAUUUUAUCACAGUGACGGAAACAAUGUUUCAGUGUGCACAAUUAAUGGUUACUGGACAAAACCAGAUAUCUCAUGCAAAGAAGUUGACUGUGGCAAGCCCCCACUCAUCCCUAAUUCAGUCAUGCACUGGGAUAAAAUUUCCACUGUGGGCUCAAAGGUUAUUUAUCAGUGUAAACCUGGAUAUCUCAGUGCUGGAACAGGGAAUGUAUCUGUUUGUAGUGCCAGUGGAAAAUGGGAUGGAGCACCGAUCCUUUGUCAAGAAAUCAACUGUUGGGAGCCUGUUUUAAAACCCAAUGCUAAAAUGUUAUGGGAUGGCACAUCACGCAUUGGUAGUGUGGUUUAUUACCAGUGUGCAGAGGGAUAUUACACCAGGAGCCUGAGAAACUACUCAGUAUGUGGAGAAAACGGACUAUGGGAGGAUAUUGAUCUGUGGUGUGAAGGUGCAGAUUAUUACGUAAUGCAUGUUCAGGGGCUGUUGUUGUCGUUGUUAUGGGAAAAAAGGCAUGUUUGAUGGAGGAUUGGACAGUGUGUCUGUCUUGUUGCAUUUCUUUAUAGCCCACAGUCUGUGCUCAUUCAUGUCUGUGUGUCAGACAGAAAUAAGCUGUGGUCCCCCAGUAGCCCUCCCCCACGCUAACCUCCUGUGGGGCCACAACAGCACACCAGGCAGCACUGUGCUGUAUGAGUGUAUGGAAG